AUGAGCGAGCCGACUUACACCGUCUUCGUGCGGGUGCCCAUACCACGUGGCGAUUUCGUUGACCCUCCACCGGUGAACUGGGACGCCGUCAAAGACGAAGCUCUCUGGAAGUUUCUCUCAGGAGCUGGUAAGAAACAGAUUGACUGGGACGAGAUCGCCGAUCGCUUUGAGGUUCCUGUCGAUUUCCUCCUCCAACAGGUCGCAUACCUUACCGAGAGACAUGCUUCACAGGUCCGCGCCCAAGUUCGAAAAGCUACCGCUGCUGUUCGUGGCUCAGGUCCUUCGCCCGUGCCAGGCGGCGACUCCGCCGGACCCGGUCAUCAACGAACGCAUUCCGCCUUGUCCGUCCGAAGAGACUCACCUAUGCCGCGUAAUGAAGCUGGAAGUGGUGCAGGCACCCCUCUCAACACAUCGAUGCGACCAAUCGUCCCACGGAACACAUCAACAAAUACAACAGUCCUAAGGGACAUGGCAGGAGGCUCAGCUUCCCCUCGACCAGGAAUGGGAAUCGCUGCUAGAACCGGGGAACGACGUCGUCUUUCAUCAUUGCCUAUUUCAUCAGGUCUUGCCAAAUCUCCCGAACAAGUGGCGCAGCCGGAGCCAUCACCAGAUGAACGAAGUCCAUCACCGGGCCCAGCCGAUAGUUCACCAACGUCAUCAGAGGAUGAGUCCAGCCCAGCUCAAUCUCGCAUUAUUCGCAGACCCCCUCGAUCGAAACAGCCCGAGGGAGGACAAUACGAGGACGAGGACGAUGACGAAUCCGAGCCUGCUUUUCAACCCUAUACAUCUCCUUCAAACCAGACUUCGGCCCAGGACCUCGGCUCAACACUGAGGGGGGACGGACGUAGCUCUGGAAAAAGACACCAUAGGACUCAUGGGAAGCCCACGAUCCACCAGUCCAAUACGUCAGACUCCUCGGCCAGCUCUGCUGCUAUGGUCCAGAAACCAGAUAAGUCCGACAAGCAACCUGAGCAGCGGACACCCGGACCUCUCUCACCACGCCGGACUACAGAACUGGCAGGACGUGAGCCAGGCAGUAAAGGCAAGGGUUACUCCCGUGAAGGUAGCGAUGGAACGCCCAGUAUGGGUAGCAGCUAUAGUGAUCUUGACGGCAAGUUGCUUCCUCCUCUUUUCUUCUUCAUGCACUUGUACUAA